AUGAAGUUGGUUUGCAACCCGCUAUGAAACCAAAAGAAGAAGAAGAAUCAACCUCACUGUACUUCUUACGUGAUCAUCGUACUACAAUCAAUAGUCACUGCAUUUUAAGGAUUAAGGAUAUGGUAGCACUUUUUACGAUGGCCAAAACACUGGCACUAAGGCUGCAUUUGCUGAGCCAUUUGGAUGACCAGAUCCUUCCUUCACUGAAAGCAUGUGCUGGGGAGGAGGGCAGUGGGUUGGAUCCCAUAGUGCUUGCUCAGCUGACCCAACUCUACAUGACUGUAAAACUGGAGUGUCCGUUUUAUGAUGGUCCACGACUUUCGCCAAAAUUUCGUGUUAAGUCAUUUUUGGCUUCUGGACAGUCUUUGGAAACUCCAGUGGAACCUCAAUUCUACAAUGCUGUGAAGUCUGGCCUAGUGGAUCUGCUGGGAGCUCGAUCUUACUUUGCUUCCAGAGUACUUACACCAUAUUGCUAUACGCUAGACAUUGAGAUAAAACUAGAUGAAGAAGGUUAUGUCCUGCCUGCCUGUCAUUCAGAUGAAGUCCAUAAGAGAAUUGCUCUCUGUAUUGAUGGGUCAAAGCGCUUUGCAGCUAAUGCAGAGAAACUACUAGGCAAGGAAGCCAUCAAGCAGCGUCAUCUGAGGAUUCUGGGAUAUGAAGUUGUUCAGAUUCCAUACUAUGAGUUUGAGAAACUCAAGAAUAAAGAGGAGGUUGUGGAAUAUCUGCACAAGAAGAUUUUUCCUAACAGCUACAGACUCAGCUGGUAACAUCUGGAUCACUAAAUGCAUACUGAACUCCUAUUUCAAAAGCAGUGCCCCUUCCAGUAGAUUUAUUAGGUAUAUAGAUGUUUUUCAAUUUACAAAAAGUUGUGUACUGAAUUUUUUUUUUUUUUUUGCUCUUAAUGUGAGAUUCUAUGUAAAUUCUCAUAAUAAAAGGAGUGCAUAAGA